AUGUCGAACCCUCUUGAUACCGACGCUGGCUCUGAGCUUUUUAGCUCUUACGAAGCCGAGUAUAAACUCAUCCAAGCCGACCUAAACCAGAAACUCGAUCAAAUCCCCGAACUGGCCGGCGAGCCUCGAAAGGCCGCCAUCAGCCAAGCCGAGCGGGCGCUUGAGGAACUCGAUGAACAGCUCAGCGCAAUGCGCCUGGAGAAGCAAAACAUCCCGACCAGCUCUCGCACCAAAGUCAACCAACGCUUCCGAAACUACGAAUCAGACACAGACGCCGCUCGUCGCAAGUUGACCACCCUGUCCUCCGACCGUUCAGCGCUUUUUGGAUCGCGAUACACAGACGACCCCGCUGGUUCAUCAGAUGUCAACAUGGAGCAGCGACAACAGUUGCUUUCCGGCACGGACCGCCUUGAUCGAAGCACACAGCGAUUGAAGAACAGCCAGGCUCUUGCCCAUGAGACCGAGGCCAUUGGUGCCGAUACCCUGGCAAACCUUGGUAGACAGCGAGAGGUCAUCCAAGGUACCCAGAUCACACUGCUUGAGAGCGAGGGCUAUGUGGACAGGAGUGUCAAGACGCUCAGGGGCAUGGCGCGUAGGAUGGCUACAAAUCGGAUAAUCACUAUUUCCAUCAUCACUGUUUUGGUCAUUCUUAUUGUCGCAGUUAUCUUCAGCAAGUUCCGAUGA